GCCCAAUCCAGAGGGCUCUCCUCUGCCCUGUAUCACGCCCCUUCCAGAUGCAACCAAUCGUCCUUCAGCUGGGCUCAGGCCCCGCCCCCUCCGUGUAUCCUCCCCCUCCUGGCCACGCCCUCGCCGUGCAGCGCUGCCCAGCGGGCCCCUCCUGCCUCUGCCCGGCGCGACCUGGGCGCCCGCCGCGUGACUCCGCCCGGCGCGCAGAGCUGCAGCCAUGGCUGUCACCGCCGAGGGCGCCCGCCGGAAGGAGCGCAUCCUUUGCCUGUUUGACGUAGACGGGACUCUCACGCCGGCUCGCCAGAAGAUUGACCCCGAGGUGUCCGCCUUCCUGCAGAAGCUUCGAAGCAAGGUGCAGAUUGGAGUGGUGGGCGGCUCUGACUACUCCAAGAUCGCUGAGCAGCUGGGGGAUGGGGAUGAAGUGAUGGAGAAGUUUGAUUACGUGUUUGCGGAGAACGGGACGGUGCAGUACAAGCAUGGACGACUGCUUUCCAAGCAGACCAUCCAGAGCCACCUGGGGGAGGAGCUGCUGCAGGACCUGAUCAACUUCUGCCUCAGCUACAUGGCCCUGCUCAGGCUACCCAAGAAGCGUGGCACCUUCAUCGAGUUCCGGAACGGCAUGCUGAACAUCUCGCCCGUCGGCCGCAGCUGCACCCUGGAGGAGCGGAUCGAGUUCUCCGAGCUGGACAAGAAGGAGCGGAUCCGGGAGAAGUUCGUGGAAGCCCUGAAAACGGAGUUUGCAGGCAAGGGGCUGCGGUUCUCCCGAGGCGGCAUGAUCAGCUUUGACGUCUUCCCUGAGGGCUGGGACAAGCGCUACUGCCUAGACAGCCUGGACCAGGACAGCUUUGACACCAUCCACUUCUUCGGAAACGAGACGAGCCCGGGUGGGAAUGACUUUGAGAUCUACGCGGACCCCCGGACUGUGGGCCACAGCGUGGUCUCCCCUCAGGACACGGUUCAGCGGUGCCGAGAGAUUUUCUUCCCAGAGACGGCCCACGAGGCAUGAGCAUCCCCACGCCUGACGCUGGGAUCCAGAGCGCUCUGGCCAGGCCCGCAGAGGGACGCCGGCAUCGGCUGCGGUGGGGGACCGUGGUCUCCGGCCCGGGACACCUGUCUGGUGCCCUGCUGUCCGAGCCUGGCUCCCAGCCUCCUGACCCCAGAGCGUCCCGGCCUCCGCCCUGACGGCUGUGGCCUCCGCUGCUACUCAUAGUGCGGAGAACAGCAGGCCCCGUCUACACCCGCAGGAGACGUGUCAGGGUGCGAUGCGGGCCACCCUGCCUGCCUGCCCCGCAGAGGAGGUGCAGAGCGCGGGCACCAGCAAACCUCAGAACUCUGUGUCACAAGCAUUAAAGGUCCCAGGACGAGG